GUUGGGAUAUAGUAAUGCUUUUUUUUAUAAACUCCAGUUGUCCGAAAGGAAGACGUGUAAAAGAGAUGAGGGAGAGGAAGAGUGACCACUAUGAGAAAAUAAUGUGUAUUCAUAUUGGCCCUUGCCCCUUGUCUCUGAUGUAAGCAAUUAACACCAGUGACAGGUGUAGCAUCCUCUUGGGCUACAAAUAAUAUGGACUUUAAGGUGAAAACGGCACUGAUGCCAGAACAUACUGUACAUGACUAUGAUUUGUGUGUUUAGCAAAGAUCUAAAUAUAGUAUUACACCUGGUGAAUGGAUUCUGGAAAAUGUCCUAUUCAUGAAAAAAAGAAAAUGGAAGUUAGUAGUAGUAGUAGUAUUUAUGACCACAUCUUCACAAUGACAUGAAGACGUAUCAACAAAAGCCCUGUGGGAUAAUUUGGCUAAAUGUGCAAGCAACUUCCUCAAUGCUCUGCUCCUAGUGAUAAUAGAUCUUUUGUAUUAUAGUAAUACAUUUUAUUUUGAAAGUUGUUCACCGGAAGUGGAGGUGCUGGUUUAACAUGUCACCGGUCAAGUGAGCAGACAGAAAACCACGCUGAGGGAAUUUUGUAGAAGUACAGAAUGGAGGUAUCAAGGAGAAGAGUCCUCCAAAAACACCUGGAGCCAGCGAGACCCCUGCGUCGCUGCCCUCAGGUUGACAUUGAGCCCAAUAUGAAUACUGCUACAUGUGCUCAGGCACUGAUGGAGGAGGUGGAUCAAGAGACAAAUGUUGGCAUAGAGCAGUUCUACAAGAUUGUCAACCUGCACAAACAGAAAGAAGGCAGAAUAUCUUACUCGAGAGAUUUUUUAAUUGGUCUGGCUAGUUGUCCUCAGGCCAGGAAGAAGCCGGAAUUCUUGCCAGAGCACCCGAUAGUCUUAAACGAGGCAAGAGAUCUUGGCGACCUAAGGCUUCAUGAAAUGAGGUGGAAUGGAGGAAAAGAAGAAACGAUGGCAGAAAGGCUUCCCUCACCCUAAGACAUUUGCACAGGUGUUCCCUACCCCAAAGAGUGUUUGUUUGUGUUUGUUUUUUUCUUACUGCUUUCUGAGUGAAUUUAAUUUAACUUGUGAUAUUUUAAUUUGCAUGUUUAUUAUUUUGAUGACCUUUUGAGGUGAAGUUGCACAAAGUCAUAAUACUAAACACCACUUUACUUUGAGUGUUGCAUUUUACUUAUAUUUUCUGCUGUGUACAAUUUUGGCUGUAGUGAAGUAUUUAUAUUUUGUAAAAAAAAAAAGUUCUAAACAUAAGAUAUUAAUGGCUACUUUUCAGCUGUGGUGCUAAUGUUUUGUUUAAAGGAACGAGAAGAAGAAAAAAAAAGCCAUUCAAUUCAGACUCAUCAUCACUCAUCAUAUUAUUAGAGUCAACAAAUACAAACCAUACCUGAAGUGACAGUGAUGUCUGCCAUCUGCUGUAUUAGUUGGCAUUACAUCAACAUUGUGAAUUAACAUGACUUGGUAAACAUGUUGACUUGACUUAUAAAGGAGUGUUUGGCUAAA